UGUCAGUGAGAGAAGGCUGACGAACAAUGAAGUAAGGCCCGGACCCAUCCGGACGCAAGUUGCUCAGCUGUCCAAGCUCAGUACAGUAAAUAAAGACCAGAUCAUUGAAGAUGAAGAAAUCAAAGACAGGUGAGGGUGAAGGGAUGCAAAAGCAGAGCAUUCAAGCUCACAACUGUUGGCUCUGUGGAUAUCGAUGCUCUCACGGUCAGCGUGGUCGCUUAAGUCACUUUUCACUUGGCUAUCGGUGGCCAUCAAUUUGAACCCAGCCUCACUAAUUCUGAGCAAGGUCCUCUGGGGCAACACGGUACUUCUGCACGACUUGUCGUAUGUCUCCAAGGCCGGCUUCAAUGUGGGACCCGCCGAGGUCGAGGCGAUGCGACUCGUGUCUCAGCAUACCUCCGUCCCGGUCCCCCACGUGAUCCACACCGCAUGCAGUGCUGGCUAUGGCAAUAUCGAGAUGACGAUCGUACCGGGAACCUCGCUCGACGGAAGAUGGGAUACAUUGGACGAACGGGGCAAGGAGUCCGUCUGCCGACAAACGUGGCAGCUCAUCACAGAGAUCCAGGCGAUUCCGCGGCCACCGGAGCUUGAAGACAUUGUCCGGUGCGGCGUCGACGGCUCCGUUCCCCGCGAUACCUUCUUCGAAGACCUGCAGGACCCUCCUCGCGCCCUCCGGAGUGAUGCCGAGCUGCGGGCCCGCAUCUGUGAGCGCUACCGGCAUUUCGGCGGCUGGCAGUAUGCAGCUGAUGAUCUAUCCAGGAUGCUGCCCCGAUCCGAGCGCACCAUCUUCACCCACGCGGACAUCGCGCCCCGGAACAUCAUGGUCGAUGCGAACAACCGGAUCACGGGGCUUCUGGACUGGGAGCACGCGGGCUGGUAUCCGGAAUAUUGGGAGUACGCGCAGAUCCUCCGGUCGGCGGCUUGGGGGGACUGGUCCGAAUGGAUGGACCGCACGGCACCGCGGCGAUGGGAUCUCCGGGGGAUAGAGGCUGCCAGGCUGGUACUGGCCUUGGUCUCCUCCGAUGAGGAGCCGGAGCCAGAGUGGUAGUCACUCACGGUGUUUAUCAUGGGGAUGGAUAGCGGACGGCUGACGGACUGACUUCACUACAACAGCCUACUCUACCCUCCCAGUGGACCUCACCUCUUCCACCAACGCCAGUCUUCAAAUCCUACACAGUACAUCCAGCAGCACAGUGAACUACCAACCUGGAUGCCUUCCAACCACCCAUAAUUGGGCCAAGCGAAUUCCGUGGGAAUAUGCACGAACAGCUGGACGCUCAAGGCGCAAGUGAAAAAGCCCAUGAACCAGCGUUGAUGUUGCCAGGAGGCUACAGGAGUGAUUUACCGCCACGAAUUGCGGAUACGGGCUGAGCGAUUAAUAUACUUGUUUUCUAAACACCGCGAUAGAAACAUUCUCGCACGUAUAAAGCUCACGACGUGGAGGAAUGAGGAAUGAGAUAGAAGAACGACCUUCAGAAGCAAAACCUGCCCGGACAAAUUGAUAAACCAUACAGUAUCCCGGGAGGGAUUGGACCU